UAAAAAAAAAAUCUAAACAUUGAAGACACUUACAUAACCACAUCUUUCCAAGUUUUCCCGUUUAAGAAUUGGAUAACUUUUGUUCAUAGAAAUAUACGCAGGGAGUCUCGCCUUGUCCAACGGUUGUUUUUUGACAGCAUUUGUGACGACAUGUUGCUAUUUAGAAGAGACAACAAUAUCAAAUUAGACAUUUUCAAUAUAAAGAGAAUCUAAGUAGUGAAGAUAAUACUUACUACAUAGCUCCAUGGGAAGACAAUUCUCUUCACCACCUCCUUGCGUACUUCUUUGUUAUUUAAGAAAAGCCCGUAUACUACAAGUACUUGACUAUGCAACUAAUUUUUACCCUUCAAUGAAAAUAGUUGGGAACGGGUAAAGUUACCGGUUGGAGUAUCCACGACAAAUUUGCUACUGUAAGACACAAAUGAAAACCAGGUUAGAAAUGUGUGUUACAGUGGCAAGUUUGUCGUGGAUACUCCAACCGGUAACCUUACCCAUUCCCAACUACUUUCAUUGAAGGAUAAAAAUUGGCUGCAUAGCCAAGUACUUGUAGUAUACAGACUAUUUCUAAAUAACAAAGAAGUACGCAAGGAGGUGGUGAAGAGAAUUGUCUUUCCAUGGAGCCAUGUAGUAAGUAUUAUCUUCACUACUUAGAUCCUAUUUAUAUUAAAAAUGUCUAAUUUGAUAUUUUUGUUUCUUCUAAAUAGCAACAUGUCGUCACUAAUGCUGUCAAAAAACAAUCCAUGGACAAGGCGAAACUCUCUGCGUAUAUUAUUUCUAUGCACAAAAGGAAUCCAAUUAUGAAACCGGAAAACUUGGAAAGAUGUGAUUACGUAAGUGUAUUCAAUGUUUGGAUUUUUUUCCUGAUUUUCCUUGAUAUUGGUCUAGGUUUAUAGGAUAUUAUUCUGGUUUGUUGAGAUAUUAAUCUGGGUUAUUAGGAUAUUUGUCAAUAAUUAACUCAUAACUGCUUUGUGUUUCAGAUUUUUUUCCCAAUGUAUCUAAAUGAUCACUACCAGGUGUGCGUGGCUGACAUAAAGAAUAAGAAGACUUUCUUAUUCGACAGCAUAAAGCCCAAUGCCCAAGUGGCUAAGAAGGAUCAUGGACCGAAUGGGAAAAUGAUUUUUGGGUAUGCGGCAGCGUUCCUCAAAGAGCAGGGGGUCGAUUAUGCAUUGGAUAAGUGGCCAUUCAACAUUGCCGUCGUUCCUCAGCAAGUAGGCAACGAUGAUUGCAGUGUACUUGCAUGCCUUUACAUGGAGCAAUGAGCGAGUCACCUUCAAGUGGAAUAUAAAGCAAGUUGGCAAAGCAGCCACAUGUGGAGGAACAACGAGUACAUAUUGUUGUCCAAUGCAGUCAAAAGCGCGAUUCUACCUAGAAUCGGAAAAGGGGUAAAAUCGUAAAGCGUAGAAUCAAAGCGUAAAAACGUAUGUUUUUGACGCAUACUAAAAAAAUAACUAAAAAUGUAUUAAGUAGGACAUAUGCUAUGCAAAAUAUGAAUGCACAUAAUUUAGAUAAGUCAAUAAAUACAUGUGAUUCAUGCCUAAAGUAGAACAACUUAUAGCAUCUUAAUAAUAAGUUUGUAAACAUAAAUUUUAACAAUAAGCCACUUUUCCCACUAUGCUAAUGGAUUUGGGAAAAGCCUAACGGGUGAAUUAGAUUACUCUAUCGAAAUUGAGAAUGCAUCCAAGUACCUUAUAUGUAUCUUUUAAUGUCAAAUGUAUCAUAUUAUUGGUGAUUUACUUUUAAAAUAUAAUUUUCAUAAUUAAUUUCAUGAAAAGAAUACUCAUUUAGUGAACUAAAAACGUAAAGCGUUUUGGAGAACUAGAAGCGUAAAACCGUAAGCUUUAAAGCACAAUUUAGUCCGAUUUCAUAAACUUAAGUUUUUAUUUGGAAAUAAAAGCGUUUUGGUGACCUAAAAGAAUAAAAUCGUAAGUUUUUAAGUUUUAAAGAGCGAUUUUGACUGCAUUGUUGCUGUCAACCUCAUUUUAUGGUUUUAAAGAGCGAUUUUGACUGCAUUGUUGCUGUCAACCUCAUUUUAUGGGACUAACCGCCACACCGAUGAAAUAUUCCAAGGUGCAAAAGAUUGGAAUACAAAGAAAGAGAAAGAAAAAGGGAAAGGAAGAGAAGUUGAUUUUAGACUUGUGUAGUGUGAUAUUGGUUUGUAAAAUUGAACUUAGGGUUGGAUAAUAUUUAGGGAUGGAUGAUGGUUGUAGCAGGAUGGAGGAUAUUUUGCCAGAUGUUGGAUAUAAUUAUCAACAUAAGUUCUGAUUGAAAAAUAUAUUGUAACCUCCCAGGUAAAUAUAUGUCCUUUGGUAGAAUAAUAUCCUUAAAGCACAGACAAAUAUCCUUACAACCCAGACAAAUACCUUUUUUAUUUCGACAAAUAUUAGCAAAUCACAUACUAAUAUUUGAAAGACCCAGACUGAUAUCUGAAAGAUCCAGACUAAUAUCAAUAGAGCCCAGACUAAUGUCCUUAAGGCCCAGACCGAUACCCUUCUUUUCGUAGACUAAUAUCCUUGGAGCCCAGACUAAUAGUAGAUAAAGAUGGAUAACACUUUGAAUCAGAAAUAAAAACAAACUCAACACAAUACAAAGUGAUGACAGGAAAUACUGAUUCAUUUAUUCACUGUCACAUCGAUGUUAUCUUCAUCAUCCGACUAUGAAAAAGCGGGGAACUUUACUUCGUCUCAAUCCAUGUGAAAACCACACCCCUUAUCAUUGUCGUACUCGUACAUCAGACAUCGGAAAUACCUCUUCGGUGGGUUGACUCCAUCAACAGCAAGUCGUCUAGCGGCUCUCCAACCAUGGUAAUAGAGUAUAACACCAUCAUUUUCGAACUCAUCCACCAAUCCCCGCGCGCGCUGGUUUACGAGUCUCUCCAAACAUGGAUUUUGCUUUGGAAGAGAAGUGAAUAAGAAACCGAGGGAGGAGGAUAGCCGAUUUGGGUUUGUGUAUGAUUCGUCUUAAAUAGACAAAUGCUCAUAGGGAAGUACUCUAACAUGUCCUUAGAGAAUAUAAACAAAAAACAUCACAUGAGUACAGUAACAAAAAAGGUCACAUGUGCAUAGUGAAAGAAGUAAUCAUUGCUACUAUUGAACCUGCUUUGAAAUAACUGAUAUCCAGGAAGCCCAGAUUAAUAUAUGUACAUAUUACAAACUACAUAUUCAAUCUGCCCAGACACGUAUCUUUUACAAGUGGAUUAAUAUCCACAUCAUAACAAAAAAAAAAUAAUGGAAUCACAUGUCAAUAUCAUAUCACAAUAGACCACUCUCGAAUCACCCUACAUUUUACUCAUAACCAUGAGUAAUAUUAUCAUCCAAAUCACUAAGAUGGUCAUCCGGUUGAGUAUUAUUGUCCAGCGUGACCACUUCAACUGAUUUCAUUCUCUUCUUAUAGACAUCUUUCUUUCGACGAUGUUCCUUUUCAUUCGUAGACUAAUAAGGUUCUUUAACUUGGCUCCUUGGACUACUCUUCUCCUUCAAAGUCAUCCAAGUUAUCGGUUUAUUCCGUCCUACAAUGUUAGAGAACUUAGUAAAUGCAAUGAUAUUAAACUCUUACAAUUUACAAAUGAUAUUAAUGAAUACACUUACUGUCCUCGCUAGUUAUAAUCUUUGACAAUGUCUUGUUUGUCUCAUUGCACAGUUUCUUGAGUACUCCCAUCCACUUAUUGUAGUCUUUCUCGUCGGUCAUUGACAUGUUCGUUGCUAGCUGAUUCAACAUUGCAGUGGUUUCUCGGUACCGCAUUGCUAUACCUUUUCUCGCAUCAUUCUCACUGGCAGCUGAAGGACCAACAGAACCAUUAACAUCAACAACCUCUUUCUUUCUCGCCUCCAACGUCUAUCGCUUGAGUAUGUAAUAAUAUGGAAUACUUCUCAUACUGGCUUCCCCAAAAUCUCUCAGAAGCCACAUCACAUUAAUCAUGUGGCAUCAUAACACUCUCGAAAGUUAUGAACAUCAUGCAUUCGCAUACCAAUGUCCUCGUAGAAAUAUCGACGAGAACGACACGCUCAUCACUACGCUCACCAUCCUCUAUCAUAUAUGUGCGGUAGCCAAUCAUGUCAUCAUCCCUAGUAUCUAAGAGCGUUUCCAUUAGAUAGGAUUCAGUUUUCAAAUACUGCUUCUGUAUCGGGAGCGGAUCAGGUCAGUAACCCUUAUGGUGAGUAACCAUCAAGUAACUUGUCCACAUCCGCAUGACAUCAGCACCCCCUCUCUCAUGAAAAGUCUUUUAUCUUUUCUCCUUUAAUUUUUAACAGACGAUUUCUUUCUCGUUUUAAGUCGAAAUUUAAAUUUUUUUGCACAGAUAAAUCAGAUUAAAUGUGCUCUUUAAAAUUAUAUCUAUUUUGAUAUAUUUUUAGUACAAAAAAAUUGAAUAAUUUUUUACUAAUCAU